AUGGGGCCGCGGAGCCGGGGCCUGCCCUGGGCCCUGGUGCUGCUGGCCUUGCGCGGAGCGGCCGGCGCCCGCCCCAGCUUCGUCCUGUUGCUGGCGGACGACCUGGGCUUCGGGGACCUGGGGAGCUACGGGCACCCGUCUUCUGGCACGCCCCACCUGGACCGGAUGGCUUCCCGAGGGCUGCGGUUCACCAGCUUCUACAGCAGCUCCCCGGUGUGCAGCCCGUCCCGGGCAGCCCGGCUGACCGGCCGUUUCCAGAUGCGCUCUGGGGUUUACCCCGGUGUGUUUGACCCAGACUCGCGGGGAGGCCUGCCGCUGUCUGAGGUCCCCAUUGCAGAGGUGCUGAAGGCUGAGGGUUAUGCCCCAGCCAUGGUUGGCAAGUGGCAUCUUGGCCUGGGGAUUGGCUCCUUCCUGCCCAUCCGCCAGGGCUUUGACCACUUCUUGGGGGUGCCCUUCUCCCAUGACCAGGGCCCCUGCCAGAAUCUCACCUGCUUCCCACCCGACAUCAAGUGUUUUGGGACUUGUGACCAAGGCUUAGUGCCAGUCCCGCUGCUCUGGAACCAGAGCAUCGUGCAGCAGCCGUCUUUCCCUGAUCUGGUGCCACUCUACAACAAAUUCUCCCGGGACUUCAUCGCUGACUGUGCGCGACGAGGCCUCCCCUUCCUGCUCUACUAUGCCUCCCACCAUACACACUACCCCCAAUUUGCAAGCCAGGAGUAUGCAGGGCAGUCGCGGCGUGGGCCGUUUGGUGAUGCACUCUUGGAGUUUGAUGGCUCGGUGGGACAGCUGCUGCAGGCACUGCAGGAAAAUGGUCUUGCAAACACAACCUUGAUGUUUUUCACCUCUGACAAUGGCCCUUCCACCAUGAGAAUGGCACGUGGAGGCAGCUCUGGCCUUCUGAAGUGUGGGAAGGGCACGACGUACGAAGGUGGUAUGCGGGAACCAGCAGUGGCUUAUUGGCCAGGCCGUAUCACUCCAGGAGUGACGCAUGAGCUGGCAAGCACCCUGGACAUCCUGCCAACCCUGGCUACCCUGGCUGGAGCAGCUCUUCCUAAAGUUGCCCUGGAUGGCUAUGACCUGAGUCCGGUGCUGUUUGGGUCAGGGAAGAGUCCCCGUCAGACAAUGUUCUUCUACCCGCCGUCUCCCGAUCCGCUGCAUGGCCCCUUCGCUGUCAGGCUUGGGAAGUACAAGGCCCAUUACUUCACAAAAGGUUCCUUUCACAGUGAUACGACCCCAGACCAGGCCUGCCAUGGGCUGACCCCGCUGACCCCUCACUUGCCCCCGCUGCUCUUUGACCUGGAGUCAGACCCAGCCGAGAACUAUGAUCUGCUGCAGAGCGGUGCAGGGCCGGAGCUUCUGCAAGUCCUGAAGGAGAUCGAACUGCAGAAAGUCCUUUUUGAACAGCGCAUGGAAUUUGGGGAAAGCCAGAUCAGGAAGGGCAGGGAUCCCACGCUGCAGCCCUGCUGCGUACCAAACUGCACUCCUAAGCCCUCCUGCUGCCGCUGCUCCUAG